AUCAUAAAUAAGCUAAAUGCUAAAUUUGUAUCACGAAGUGAAUUGUACAUUGUAUUUUGUAGUGAUCUACGAAAUAAAUUUUUAUAUACGUGAACUAUUUUGUCAUUUCAAAAAGUAAUAGAUUAGAAUGUUAGAUGGCUGGUAUUGUAGAUCAAUGGCAAGUGCUAAUAUUGAUGAAGAAAGUGCAGAGGACGAAGAAAGUCAAGAUGAAGAGGUUAUUAACUAUAAAGAACAAUAUAGGCAAUUAAAACGUAAACUCAAGUAUUUAAUUUAUGAAAAUGAAAGUUUUCAAGAAGCAUUACGGUCAGCCCAAAGACGUCUUAUCAUUGCGACGCAAGAUCGAAGUUUUCUUUUAGAUAGACUUUUGUUAUAUGAACGUGUAGAAAAUUCAUCCAGUGAAAGUGAAGAAACAGAUUCAUCAGACGAUCCAGAAAUGGGACGUGCAGAUUUUAAAAGAAAACGAAUAGAUACUGCAAAUACAUUUCAUUCUGCGAAUAAUCAACCAAUGUCUGUGAGCAAAGCUAGUUCAUCAUCCGCGAAGAAAAAAAAAUCGAUUUUGCCAAAAGUAGUGAAACAAUCAUUACCACAGCCGGUUCCAACACAAGACACAACUUUGGCGAGCAGUACAUCAGAUGGUCAUAUGACUCCAGAGGAAGUAGAACGUCAUUUACAAUCACGUCAGACUAUUAUGGAACUCUUGCCAGAACGUGCACCUCCAACCGUUCCAACAGAAAUGUUCAGUAAUGAUCCGUCAUUAGACAGUUUUGCUUAUUUCAGUGAAUCAAACGAUGUUGGUGAAUUAGAAACAUCUCCAAGUAAUAUUGGUGAAGAUGUUAGUGUGGAUAUGAUGGCUGAAUAAUUACUACUUUUAAUUAUUAUUUAAUGAUAAUCAUUUAGAUCUUAUGUAUAAUAUUAAUUGACAUUAAAUUAAGGUACUGAUUUUAA